AUGUCCGCUACCAACGGUGCGGCCGCCGACUAUCGUAGUCACAGUCACAUGCGAUCUGGCAGUCUCAACAUCAACCCAAACCUGGCAGGGCCUGGUGCUGCCCCGACCAUGAUUGCGUCUCCCAUGCCUGGCGGCCAACUGCCAGGAGCACACCGAUUUGAUCAUUCGCGUAGUCCGCCCAACACAUCGCAUGUUCCGUGCAAGUUCUUCCGCCAGGGCGCUUGCCAGGCCGGCUCCGCGUGUCCCUUCAGCCACGACCUCAGUGCCGCGGCCGAAACGGUGUGCAAAUACUUUGCCAAGGGUAACUGCAAAUUCGGUCCCAAGUGUGCCAACAUCCACGUGUUGCCCGACGGCCGCCGUGUCAACUAUGGCAAAGGCGGUGUCACGAUCGGUGCCCCGCCCGUCACCUUGGGUGCCCGCGUGAACCCCAACACUUACCACCAACCAUCCAACAGCGCCCUUACCAACUCGUUCCUCCGUGCCGACGCCGUUCCCCCGUACUCCGCCUCCGCCUACGGUCAUCCCGAUGAACAAUACCAAAACAGCGGAGGCAAUGGAAUCCCGACCAUCGAUACCACAUAUACCUCCAACCCCACUACCGCAUAUGGCUCCCCCCGGGAUGAGGAUCUUGCCGGCCGCUUCGGUCUCGGCGUUUCUCCCGUCCCCAAGGGCCUGUCAGUCCUAGACGCACCCCUCCCCGCCUCCUUCGACAGCAAUGGCAUCUCCCACGCCGCCCGCUACGGCCCCUGGCCCUCCUCGGUUCCCGAGAAGUUCGGUCUGGACUCUAGCUCCCUCGGCAUGAGCGUGACCCAGGACGUCAACACCUCGCACACCCUCCGUGCGCUACGUAACUCGGCUUUUGGUGGAAAUGACAACAUCUCCCAGUCCCUCUUCAGCGGCGAUGGAUUCGCCAAUAGCCCGCCCACUCACUCCUCGGCGGCCUUCUACGGUUCCAGCCUCGGCGGUGAGGAGUUCGGCGGUUUUGGCAGAAGGCCGAUGCACAGCAGCUCGACCCGGUUUGCUAAGCCCAGGCUGAUGAGCCAGAGCGUCCCCCAUGACCGGGAUUGGGACUCUGAUUUGAUCUUUGACAAUGAGGAGGAUUACGUACCCGGAGAGUUGGCUAAUGAGCUGCUUACCCCUGCCGAACGCGCGAGGAGGGGAUCCAGCACCGCUACCGUUCGUGGCUUCGAUGCCCCAUUGGACUCUACCGGACUCGACGCGACCAAGUUCGGUAGCCCGAUUUCUCAGAGCCCGAGCAGAUGGGGAUCGCUUUUCCAGCGCCAAAAGGAGGAGGAGGAGAGAGAAAAGUUGGAGUCCAACGGCGGAAGCGGCAGUCUCAACUUUAUGCCCAUCGCUGGCCGCAGCAUCAAGCACCCGCCCUCGGCUUUUGGACACGUUGGCAGCCCGCUGCGUAACUCAAGCCUAGCCAGCGCUUUUGUAUCUGAGGAUUCCAACCGCCAAGGAAGCCUCACCGGCGAGUCGUUGUCUGCGCUCACUCAGCAAUUCCAACGUAGCAAAAUCGGCGAGGACGCAUCCGUCAUCUCCUCGAGCCCCCGCGGCCUUCACCCCAACUUGGGCCGCAAUGGAGCCUCUGGGGCUGGUGUCAUUGGUAAGGAAAGGGGGGAUAGCUUGCAGAGGCACAUCAGCUCCAACUCGAUCAGCUCGACAAGCGGGAGAUUUGCUACGCCGAUUAUCAAUGAGGAUAAUGAGGAAGGCGAGGAGGAGGAACAGAGCGAGUUUGUCUUCAGUAUGGAGGAGGAGGAAGACACCACCCAGGCGGGACAGAACCAGAAGCGUAACGGUAGCCCGCUGGGAAAUGGGGGCUCGUUGGGUAACGGCGGGUCUUCGUCGCCUUGGGGAAGUUAUGCGGGCGCUGCUGGGAGCGGAUUGGCGGCCGGUGGUGCGAACGGCGAUGAGUCCAAGGGCCAGAAUGGCCAGAAUGGCGUGAGCAAGGUGGGAGCUAUUGGGGCUGUUGGUGGGAAAUAA